GUGGGGUGAGUAACAGCGUGACACGGGUGAUUAGCAAUGCAAAGCUCCAGUACUGCGCCAUGAUCUGCUCUAGGGAAACAACCCUUUCCUGUGCAACUUCAACCUCUUCUUCUGCUCAGGGACCUCACCAACCGCAGAUCUGGAACCAAAAAUGAACUGGGCGUCGUUUUAUGCCGUGAUCAGCGGCGCGAACCGACAUUCCACCGGCAUUGGGCGAAUUUGGCUGUCUGUCCUCUUCAUUUUCCGGAUCCUGGUUCUUGUGGUGGCGGCGGAGAGUGUGUGGGGCGACGAGAAAGCGCAUUUCACCUGCAACACCCAGCAGCCCGGCUGCAACAGCGUAUGCUACGACCACUUCUUCCCCAUCUCUCACAUCCGACUGUGGGCGCUGCAGCUCAUCAUGGUCUCUACCCCCGCCCUGCUGGUUGUCAUGCACAUUGCACAUCGUCGGCAUAUCGACAAAAAGUUGUAUCGACAAGCUGGCCGCACCAGUCCAAAGGACCUAGAGCAGAUAAAAAAUCAAAAGAUGAAGAUUACCGGGGCCCUUUGGUGGACAUACAUGAUCAGCCUGCUGUUCCGUGUGUUUUUCGAAUCCGCCUUUAUGUAUCUGUUCUACAUGCUUUACCCGGGAUACAAGAUGUUCCGGCUGGUAAAGUGUGACUCGUAUCCGUGCCCAAACAUAGUCGAUUGCUUUGUGUCCCGACCAACAGAGAAAACCGUGUUCACUAUAUUCAUGCUUGCGGUGUCCGGCAUCUGCAUCCUGCUCAACAUCGCAGAAAUCGUAUUUCUUGUUGCAAGGGCAACAAGUCGCCAUCUCAAUAACUCCAAGGAUUCCCCAGUGGGAGCCUGGAUCUCUCAGAAACUGUGCUCCUUUUAGAAGUGCUCGCCCUGUCACUCCCUGAAACCAAAAUAGGGCACUCACUCAAACUCAAACACUUCAUUCACUCAGACACCUAAUGUUAAUGAGGGCUAAUGUAAUUGAUGAUGUUUUUAAAUCUUAUUUAACUCAGAAUACUUAAAAAAAAAUGUACUAUUACUCCACACUAUUUUAGAGCAAUGUAUAAAUAAAUUCAUACUGCUGUAUACAAUUGAAUACUCAUAUUGUACCUAAAAAUACUACAGUGAAAUAAAAUCUUAAUCGUU